AUGGCCGCCCUUCGCAAAACUUUCAAAUACCCCACCGAAUCGCCCACCUCCUCCGACUCUGAACUCGACGAAGAACACCAAGAACGCCUAAUCACGACCCUCCGCACCGAAGACGCCGCCAGAAACACCCUCUACCGCCGCCUCUUCCUCGCGCUCCCUCUUCUGUCCGCCUUAUUCUACCUCUACGCCUUCAUCGCCGCUUCGCUCGCUCGCCAGCGACUCAUCGCGCUGCUCAGCCUGUCGAGUCUAGCAUGCACGGCGUAUAUCCUUGAGUUCAUGCCGUUGGAGACGCCGGACAAGAAGGGCAAGAGAGCAGUAUGGAGAGUGGAAGCGGCGAAGGGGCCCUUGGAGAGGUAUCUGGUCUGGUUGAACGCGGGACUGGUGGGGUUGUUGGAGGUGGCGGCGAUGUUAAGUUGGAGACGCGGUGGCAUGGAGGAUGCGUGGAGAGAGUCGCUCGCAGGGAUCGUGUUUGCGCUAGCGAUCAGACCAUCCGCACCUUUGGGAAGACCAAGCACACUAGCGGGCCGAGUACGUACGAAAUCGUGGCUGUAA